AUGUCUCAAACGAAAUUGACAUCUCUUCAAGGCCGCGUUGCCAUCGUGACUGGCGCAGGAGGCGGCCUCGGCAGAGAGUAUGCUCUUCUUCUCGCAUCAUAUGGCGCAAAGGUAGUCGUCAAUGACUACGGCGGCUCUCUGAGCGGUCAGCGAGGUACUAUAUCUCGUGCGCAAACUGUCGUUGACGAGAUCAAAGCAAAGGGUGGAGAGGCCAUCGCAGAUGGCCAUGAUAUCUCAGUCCAGUGCGAAGCCCAAGAGCUUGUGCAAGAUACGCUAGCGGCGUACGGAACUAUUCACAUCCUUGUCAACAAUGCAGGCACUGCGGGUGAAGCUAGCUCGCACGACGAUGUGAACGUUCAAUCCUUCCGCCGCACAUGGGAGAUUGCAGCACUGGGUACUGUUAUGCUCAUCGGUGCUCGACAGCGUCAAGGAACGCCCUCCUCGCGUUGUGUAGGGUCGAGGUUCAGGUCGCGCAAGGGUACUUCAAUUACUUAUCCUACUAUGGAGAAGCAAGGCUACGGGAGAAUAGUCAACACCUCUUCUGACAGCCUUAUCGGUAUGGGAGCAGGUGGCGAUGGUGGUUAUGUGUCAAGUAAAGGCGCCACCUUUGGUUUGACUCGCGAUCUCGGGCGCAUGAGUCCCAAGCAUGGUAUCAAGAUCAAUGGCGUUCUCCCCUCAGCAGCAUCCCGUAUGUCAGAUUUAUCGCCUGUUAUCAAGAGGAUUACGAGAGAAUACUUCCAUACGCAUCUUGUGGCGGAUUUUGUGGUGGCGCUGUGCAGCGCCGAGUGUCCGAUAUCUGGAGAGCUGUUCAGUGUUGGUGGUGGAAGAGCCGCGAGAACGACGUUGGCUACGGUCCCUGGCCAUUCUCGCGCGACGGGCCUGGAAGAUUAUUUGGCUCAUUUUGAUAAGGUUAUUGGUACCACGGAUGAGCUGUUUGUUCCAAAAGAUACGUUGGAUUUGGUGUCUUAUGCGAUAAAGCAAGCAACGGGAACUGAUGUCGGGGUGAUAACAUUAGAUUAA